UUUGAGACAGAAUAGGGAGAUGGUGAGGAGAAGAAGAAAAGCUCAUGCACCAGCCAUUCCAACACCACUGCAUCAAUUGUUAUCCAUAAAAUUUAAUUGGUGUAUUACAUUAUUUGCAAUAUAUUUCCAAGAUUGCAGGAAGGAUGUCUGUUUUCCAACAUUUUCACCUGAUCUCGGACAAGUAAGAAUCAUUUCACCUGACUCCACCGUUUUUCUUUUCCCUUGUGUCUGCACUGGAUUUGUUGUUAUAGCCCCAACAUAUCUCUACUAUUCAAUCUUGUGCUUGUAAAUUUGAUUUAAAAUUGUUUCUCUUCCAAUAUCCAGAAUCAGAUAAUGGAGCAGAACCUGCAGUUGGUGGUGGUUAUCAUUCAGUUGCCUUUUCUUAUGGAAACCCAGAUAUUUCUGCUGAUAAAAAAAACUCUGCUGCUGGGUUGGGAGAUUCCAGUUUUCUUCCAUCUUUCCCAGUACCUGAAAGCCUACUUCAAAGCCUAGUAAGUACUUAAUUGCAUAUUUUCUCUUUUCUGAACUUCCUUUCUUUUUACCCUUUCAUAGAAAUCUGGAUGUUGUUGUUUGUAUAUAAUUGAUUCUUAUCCAAACUGGCCAGUGAUAAUUGUCUGAAGUGCAAAUAUCAUUCUAAGGCUUACCAUGUCUAAGUUUCAGAUACUCGGAGCAGGGAAGGAGUUCUUCUGAUCUAAGGUUGCCACUCAUAGGCACCUUGUUUCCUUUUGAUGUGUCAUGACCAAGGGACCGUGCAGGUGGGAUUAGGAAGAUAGAUUCUGUUAUUUUCUGAGGGAAAUAUCAUCAUCACCACAUUGGGCAGUGGGCUGAAAUUCAUUAUAAAGUUCUGUUUGAUCUUUAUGGUUAUCAGAAUAUGUCCCCCUUCAGAGAAAGUUCAUCAGAUCAUCGCAAGAACUGCAAUAUUUGUCAGCAAACAUGGGGGUCAAUCAGAAAUUGUCUUGAAGGUCAAACAGGGGGACAAUCCAACAUUUGGGUUUCUAAUGCCCGACCAUCAUCUUCAUGCAUACUACAGGUUCCUUGUUGAUCAUGUGGAACUUCUGAAUUCUGGUGCAGAUGCUAAACCUGUAGAUGAGAAGAAAGAAGAUAGUGUGAAGAAUCCCACAAGUGAUGUUGCUGGUGGGGCAUUAUCCUUGCUUGGUUCUGUAUAUGGGUCUGGAGAAGACGAGGAUGGUACACUCCAGUGUGUCUCAGAUUCUAAAGAGAAGGAGCCUGGUGAAUCCUUAGAUGCUGAUAAUGCAACAAUUUCUCAUGGAUCAGAAUGUGCAGAAUCUUCUGUUGGUUUAUCUGGAAUAAUUGGGAAGGCUCUCAAGCCCCCGCUUCAUGCUGCUAAAGAAAAGUCUCUCUUGUCAAAAAGAAAUCGAUCUGUGACUGCUAAUAAUUCUGAUGUUACAUGCAAGAAAAGAGAAGGUGAUGUCCAGAGUUCAUCUGCUGUGUCCAUGGAGAAGCUUCAGACGUCAACUUUGCCAAACACAUCUAAGGUUGAACAUUUGAUUAUGGAGCCUCCGUCGCAUUUAAAGAGGAUGGUUGAUAAAAUAGUGGAGUUUAUUCUGAAAAAUGGGAAAGAAUUUGAAGCAGUGCUUGUAGAGCAAGAUAGAAAAAAUGGGAGAUUUCCAUUCCUUCUACCAUCAGAUCAAUAUCAUCCUUAUUAUCUGAAAGUUCUUCAAAAAGCUCAGGAGUCUAAAUUUCCUGGGAAGUGUUUUUCGGCUCCAAACAAUGAUACAAUGGGAAAUGUGGGGGGUAAAAAAGGUGGUCUGUCCAAAGACAAAAAUGAUGCAUUAUCCAAAGGAUCUUCAGUUUCUGACAUACCUUUUGAUUCUCAGAGGAAAGAAAAGUUCAAAAUGGUAAUUGGUGGGUCAAAAAAGGAUGCACAAGAUCUGCCACCUAAACCUAAACAGCAGUGUGGAGUGAGUGUGGAUGCUGCUGCAGCUAUUCUUCUGGCAGCAACAAGAGGCCUGAAGAAUCCCAAGUUAGAUAUUCUCCCCAAGACAUCAGUGGAUGACUCCAGUCUUGGCCUCAGUGGUGAGGUUGGGCCAACCUCAAGCUUUGGCAGUCUCUCCUCUUCUCGAGGUAGAAGCUCUACGCAGAAACCUAUUCCUAAUGGGGAUCCCAGUGCUUCCCUGCCCAUUGAGUUGUCUAGAACCGCUGGCCAGUCAGAAAAAGAGGGUAGCAGAACCAGUGGUGUAUCAGUGGCUAAGGCGAUUGCAAAGACGGCGGCCCUUGCAGCUGCCAGUGAAGCCGACUCUUCCGAAGCAAGCUUGACAAAGGAGCAGAAGCAGAAGGUGGAGAGGUUGAAGAGGGCAAAGAUGUUCGCAGCCAUGAUAAAGGGUGGCACGGCACCUUGUGCAAAUGAUCUGCUGCACCGUUUAUCUACUGAACCCCCUGAUUCUGUGUAUUCUGGCUUGCAGGAUUCUGGUUGUAAUGCUUCAAAACUGAACAAUGAAACACUGGCUCCUGAUACCUCAAAUCUUUCAGGUGAGGAAGUGGAUCAUCUGGCCAGAGAACGAGAAGGUAGCUCUGUACCAGUAGAUGCCAAUACCUCUGUCAGAUCGAAGUCUGAAAGACAUGACUCUGAUAAUGAUGUCAAGGAAAAAAAAUCAAGGAGGAAGUACCGUUUGAGGUCCAGAAGGUUUGAAGAAAGUGAUAAUGAGAGUGAUGGAAAGGAUCAUAAGCACAAACAUAAGAAGCACCGUUCCCAUCAUUCUUCUUCCCACCGCAAAGAUGAUUCCAAGCACAGGAAAAGACAUUCAUCUCCAGAUUACAAGGAAUCUCGUCGUCGGCACAAGCAUCAUAGCUCAUCUGAGGAUGAGCGUAAGCAUCGACGCAGAUCUGAGAAGCAUAGAAGUCACUCAAAAAGAGAAGUGGAACCUGAAAAUGACAUCGAUUCAGAAGUCCCGGCUCAAACCAACACCCCGAGGGUUAAUGACAGUGUGAGUUGGGCAGCUACGCUGGAUUCAUCAAAAGAUCCUCAAGAGGUAUCAAUCCCAUUGGCUACUGGCAAACUGUCUUCUGACACUACCGAAGUAUCUGAUGAGCUGAGAGCAAAAGUUCGGGCCAUGUUGCUGGCAACUAUGUGAUCAGUAGUCUCUGUUAUUCUUGUAAGUUAUUUUUUUCCUCUGAAUUCAGCCAAGCCUUAUUAAUAUGGUUUUGUUCAACUUUGAUGUUAAUAUUUUUUUAUCCGAGACCUUUCACCAGAGUAUUAGCUGAAAAUUUCCUGACCA